AUGGUUACUUAUGAAUUACAAAUAUCUCUUCUACAGGUUGGUUUAUUUUAUGAAGAUGGAAGCCUUGUCGAGGCAAAAGGGAUCGGAAGAAAAAUACUCGAUAUGGUUUAUAAAACCUACGAAUCUGAAAUGGGUGGCAAAGGUUUUGCGUACGAUGGUCCGUUGGUGCUUUACCUGCAACUAAUCUCGAGUUCAAUGUCGUUCUGGAAAAUGCCGCAUCAAAUAGCCCAAGUGAAGGAGAAACCAAAAGAUCGAGGCGUGUGCCUCAAUCGAAGCAGUAUAAGAGGUUGUCUUCCGGUUAGACAAUGUUACUUUCAAAAUGAUUCAAGGAACUUCAUAAGCAUUGGAGGUGGUGUUGUGGGUUGCAAGGGGUUCCAUUCAAGUUUUCGUGCCACCCGAUAUGGGCUGAGUUUGAACAUGGAUGUAUCUACUACUAUGAUCAUCAAAUCAGGGAAAGUUAUGGAUUUCCUAUUUGAAAACCAAAACGUUCGCAGCUUAAGGGAGAUCGAUUGGAUCAAGGCAAAAAGAAUCCUCAAGAACCUUCGCGUCAAGACCUUACCCUCGAAUUUGGAGUAUAAGAUCAUUGGAUUGAGUGAGAAAACAUGUAGAGAACAGAGGUUUUCUUUGAAACAAAAGAAUCAAAGAGAUGGGUAUAGCCCAAGUGAAGCCAUUGACAUAACAAUGUUUCAAUACUAUGCUAAUUAUCGACAAAUACACCUUGAAUACUCUAUUGAUUGCCCAUGUCUUGAUGUUGGAAAACCUAAGAAACUAGUUUAUAUCCCUCUUGAGAUUGAUGGAGAUGGAGGCGAAACGUGUUGCAUGAGAAAAGGUUCAAGAAGCUUGGCAUCAAGGUACCUCAACAUUUAUUGGAGGUACUUAUAA